ACCUGCAUGGACUAUAUCGAUAUAUCCGGUAUAAAAAUACACAGCUUAACCGCAAUUGAUUGGAGAUUAUGUUUUAACAAAUGUUUACUUUCUUUUUGGACUUGGGGAUUAUGACUUGUGUUUCUGAAUCGUGGACAACAGUGGCCUGAUAAAGGUAGAAAGUAAUACCAAAUUAUAUGAACAAUGUCUGAUAAAGAUGAUGAAGAUAUAUCUGCCAAGUUGUUGGCUGAAAAAGAAUUGGACCAGCAUCCUGGAUCUCCUUCAACAGAUGAUGUUCUGGUGGAUAAUGAUGAUGAUGAGGAAAUAGAUAGUUUGUUAGAUAUUGAAUGCCAGCUUGAGUCAACUGUAGAUCUAAGUCAGUACAGAAAACGGCAAGGGCUGAAGAAAUACAGGAAUUCUGUCAAAUAUCUUAAACCAAUUAGAUUUGAGAAAAGUCCCAAAGAUGAGAUCCCAGAAGGAACUGCUGGAUUGUUUUCUUUGUUAACAUAUGCAUGGCUGACUCCAAUUAUCUGGAAGCUAUAUAAAAAGGGGGAGGGGUUUCUGGCACAUAUGAGAUGUAGUGAUAUUGACAGAGCAGAGAUCAAUGGCGAAAGACUAGAAAAGUUAUGGAUGGAAGAGUUAGCUAAGAAAGGACCUGAUAAAGCUUCGUUUUCACGAGUAAUUUGGAGGGCCACGAGGACUAGAGUGAUUAUUGGAGCCCUGACCAUCAUGUUGUCUGUAACAUUCAGCUUUGCUGCUCCUGCUUUUGUUAUGCGUCAGUUACUAAGUGACCUAUCUAAGGGUAACAUGAGUCUGGGCUAUGGUAUGUUAUUAGUUGCAGCCAUAUCUGGUAUGGAGUUUUGUAGGUCUAUGCUAUUUGCGGUUGGCUGGGUUCUCAAUUAUAAAACUGGUGUUAGAAUGAGGGGAGGAGCUUUAAGUCUUCUGUUUAAAAAGAUAUUGAAACUAAGAGGUUUAAAAGACAAGACUGUUGGAGAGCUUGUCAACAUAUGUAGUAAUGAUGGUCAACGUUUGUUUGAUGCCUGUGCCAUUGGACCUCUAUUAUUUGGUGGACCUGUUGUAUUGGUCUACGGGACGAUAUACACAGCAUUCCUAAUAGGGCCUUGGGCUUUAGUCGGAAGUGCAACUUUUCUUGCCUUUUAUCCAUUCAUGGGUUUUAUAUCAAGAAUAACAACUCGUCUAAGACGUAAAUGUAUUGCUAUCACUGAUAAAAGAGUACAACGAAUGACAGAGUUACUGAAUUGUAUAAAACUGAUUAAGAUGUAUGCAUGGGAGAAACCAUUCGCAAAGAAAAUUUCAGAGAUUCGUAAGCAUGAAAGAGGUUACUUAGAGAAGACAGCCUUUGUACAGAGUGUUAGUCAGUCUAUAGCACCUAUGGUUCCUAUAGUCUCUGGAAUAUUUGUCAUAACUGCUCAUGUCAUGACAGGAAAUGACAUCACAGCCACACAGGCCUUUACACUUGUUGCUAUAUUUAAUGCAAUGAGAUUUUCUUUAGGGGUAAUCCCAUUUGCAAUCAAAGCUUUGUCAGAGGUCAGGGUUUCACUUGACCGAUGUAAGAGCGUGUUGCUGAUGGAAGAAAUCAAAGAAUUUCCCACCAAAAUCAGUAAUCCUAAUCAUAUGGUGGUGAUGAAAAAUGCCUCAUUUGUAUGGGAUGUUGAUAGAGCCAAUAUAGAAAUUAUCAAAGAUGGUAGAAUUGAUAUAGAAAUAAAAGUUAAUGCUUCGAAUGGAAAAGACAUGUCCAGCAAACAGAGCAUUGGUGAGAAACAGAAACUUCAAGAAGAUACAGACGAUAACCAGAGCUCGUCAUCUCCUGAUCGAACACUUUAUGAUAUUGACUUUACCUUAGAAAAGGGUAAAAUUAUAGGUGUAUGUGGCAGUGUUGGAAGUGGUAAAAGUUCCCUUAUUUCUAGUAUCCUUGGCAGGAUGAAUUUAGUGGAAGGCAGGAUAGGUGUAAGUGGAAGUCUGGCCUAUGUCUCUCAGCAAGCAUGGAUAAUGAAUGCCACAGUCAAAGAAAAUAUAUUGUUUGAAGAACUUUAUGAUGAAAAAAAGUACAAUGAUGUAAUUCAUGCCUGUUGUUUACAAGAAGAUUUAGAAUCGUUUGUAUCUGGCAGUGAAACAGAGAUUGGGGAGAAAGGUAUAAAUAUGAGUGGUGGCCAGAAGCAGAGAAUCAGUUUGGCCAGGGCUCUGUAUGCAAAUAAAGAUGUAUAUUUAUUAGACGAUCCUUUAUCAGCUGUAGAUAUCCAUGUAGGAAGACAUAUCUUUACUGAAUACCUGACCAAGGCUCUCAAAGGGAAAACUGUAAUCUUUGUUACUCACCAGUUACAGUAUCUAAGCCAAUGUGAUGGAAUAAUUGUGUUAUCUAACGGGAGAAUAACAGAGAGAGGUAAACAUGAUGAACUGAUGGCUAGGAAUGGAGAAUAUUCUAACCUAAUCACUACAUAUUAUACACAAGAUGACAACAAGGAGGUGGACGAUGAUAUCAGAGAAAGAAUUAAUUCCAUCCCAGGAUCACCACAGCCAGUGACCACUGUUAGACAGAGGACAUUUUCUGACUCUUCACAGAAAGCUGGAUUUCAAAAACCAGGGUUCCACCAGCAGGCCAGUGUCAUGUCAGCUACUAGUGAUAAAGAAGAAAUGAAAAAAGCAGGAAAGCUAAUGGUUGCAGAGGAGAUGGGAAAAGGCAAAGUGACAUUUAGGACUUACUGGGAUUAUAUACAAGCUGCUGGUGGUGUUUUAAUAUCUUGUCUAGCAGUUCUCAUGUUUAUUCUAAAUAUAGGAAUCCAAACUGGCAGCAGUUGGUGGCUGUCAUACUGGUUAGACCAAGGAGGUGGGAACAUAACCAUACCUUUCGUAGGUAACCUGUCCAAUACAACUAACAUCACAACAGUCACAGUCCUGAGCAGCAACAUAAGGGAUAAUCCAGAUAUGAAUUUUUAUGUUUCAGUGUAUGGGCUUUCUGUUAUUGCUAUUGUAUUUUUAAUGCUACUGAGAGCAAUUAUCUUCAUGAAGGUGACUCUGCAUGCUUCCAGUAAUAUGCAUGAUAAUAUAUUUUCCAAGAUUUUAGCUUGUCCAAUGCAAUUCUUUGACACAACGCCAGUUGGAAGAAUUGUAAAUAGAUUUUCUGCUGAUAUGGAUGAAAUUGAUGUACGUCUUCCUGGAAAUAUGGAGAUAUUUUUACAGAACAUUUUAAUGAUAAUUUUUGCAUUAGUCAGUAUAUCAUAUGUUUCGUCAUGGUUUUUGAUAGCUCUUGUGCCAUUGAUAUUCUUUUUUGUAAUGUUAAACAAAUUAUUUGCUGCGUGCAUAAGACAAUUAAAAAGACUGGAUUCUGUAACCAAAUCACCGAUGAUCAGUCAUGUGCAAGCAUCUGUUCAAGGAAUAUCAACCAUUCAUGCAUAUGGAAAAUCCAAUGAAUUUGUAGACAAAUUUCAUAACUUAAUUGACACCAAUACAGUUCCUUAUUUCCUGUUUGUUUCAUCCAAUCGAUGGUUAGCUAUACGCCUUGAUAUCAUCAGUGCCUGUGUGAUAUUUGUUACAGGUCUUCUAGUUAUCGUUAAUUAUGAAAAUAUGACUCCAGCUUUGGCAGGCAUGGCACUGGCCUUUUCCAUCCAGAUGACGGGUUUGUUCCAGUUUUCAAUAAGAAUGGCGAUAGAGACAGAGGCUAGGUUUACAUCAGUAGAAAGAUUAAAUCAUUAUUCCAGGGAAGUUGAAUCAGAGGGAGAUUCUAUUAUUAAAGGACAACGCCCACCUGAUAACUGGCCAUCAGAUGGAUGUAUAUCAUUUAAAAAAUAUAAAAUGAAAUAUAGAGACAAUUUACCUCUAGCAUUAAAAAGUGUAUCGUUUGAUGUUCUACCUCAAGAGAAGGUCGGAAUAGUUGGUCGAUCAGGAUCAGGGAAGUCCUCAUUAGGUGUUGCCUUAUUUAGAUUGGUUGAAGCAGACUCAGGAAGUAUAUCUAUAGAUAACGUAGACGUAUCAACGAUAGGUCUGCAUGAUCUGAGGAGUAAGCUAGCCAUCAUACCUCAGGACCCAGUAUUAUUUGUUGGAACUAUAAGAUAUAAUCUGGAUCCCUUUCAAGAACAUAGAGAUUCAGACUUAUGGGAAGCAUUGGAGAAGUGUCACAUAAAAGAUACAGUAGCUGCUUUAGAUUCUCAAUUGGACUCCUCAGUUGUAGAAAAUGGAGAGAAUUUUUCUGUAGGAGAGAGACAGCUGAUGUGUUUAGCAAGAGCUUUAUUACGACAUAGCAAGAUAUUGAUAUUAGAUGAGGCUACAGCAGCAAUAGAUACAGAAACUGAUUCAUUUGUACAAACCACAAUAAAAGAAGCAUUUUCAGACUGUACAAUGUUAAUUAUAGCACACAGAUUAAACACUGUACUUAGCUGUAAUAGAAUAUUAGUCAUGGAGGAUGGUCGGGUUGUGGAGUAUGAUUCACCAUCUUCAUUAACAGCUAAUCCUAAAUCUAAAUUUAAAAUGAUGUUAGAUGCAGUAGAGAGUCAGCAAGGUAUGCUAUAACAGAAGGAUGCACCUAAGUGGUUGUGGUUGUAAACCUUUAGCUGUUAAUGGUCAGAGAAAAUUUGAGCACUAAGCAAAGAAAGAAAAUAUAUGCAAAACAUUCUAGAAGAACAGCACACCUUUAUUCCUUAUUUUAAUAAGAAAGUCUUGUGUGAGGAAACAUGACUCAAGGAACCACAGGCUUCAGAUGAAGUAAAAAUUACUGUAAUCAUCAAUACAAAUUGAAAGGAGACUUGGCAUGUCCAUGUAAUCGUCAAUUCCAAUUAAAAGGAAACUGGGCAUGUCCCUGAUUUUCUAGUCAUUCUGUCUUUAUGUGAAUUCCAUUGUUUGCUAUAAAUUAAAACGAUUUAAGAUAUUGGUUUGUUUCAGCACAAUCUUUUAGUGACUGAACAGGAAUGCUAGAAAUUUUAUUAUUUGUGAUAAAAAUAGAUUGACGAUGAACUAUAGAAAUAAAGUAUUUUAAAUUAUUGUUAGGUUUGGAGGACUUUUUGUAAGGAUAAGAGGACUUUACUUAUUAGUUUUUUUAGUUUGACAUAUUCUAUAGUGUGCAUCAACAACUAUAUUAUCUAAUACAAUGUAAUCAUCUAGGACAAAAUAUCUCUUUAUAUUAAUUUCAGUCAUCUGUUAUAUUUACUGUACCAAGUCAGAAAUAUGACUGUUAAAAUCUCCUCUUUUGAUAUGAUUGAGCAUUUGAUUUUGCCAUUUGAUAAGGGACUUUCAGUUUUGAGUUUUUC